AUGCGCUCAGUACACGACUUCAUCCACGAUGCCACGAACAGCCUGGUCUCUGGAAUCAUUGUGCACAACGAAAAAGACGCCGAGGGAAUGAUGGGUCUGGCACGAUUGAUGGAAUUAUUCGACGCCAUCGACGAAGAUGUCAUCGACUGCUGGAACCGACGAUGCGAUAUCAACAACGGCUUUUGCCACAAGCUCACCGCGGCCAAGGCACUGUCGAUCCAUCAGAAUCUCGACCGUAUUAAUCAGGGUGAACGGUAUAAAGGAUAUGACUGGUUUGAGCGAGCCAAGGCCGGCCGUAGCUCGGAGACGAAUCACGCUUUCAUGGCCAUGGGCCUGCGCGAAACACAAGCAGCGGAUGUUUUUAUCACGCAAAAAUGGCUUCAGAACCGGGUUUGGCUGCUGUGCUCGACUCAUGGUCUUUUGGGUGGUCAUUCCGAGCGGCCUGAGUUGAGUUUUCAUUAUCCAGUCUCCGUUGCAGAGUCGACUCUCCAGCUUUGCGUGUCGUUACGACUUGGUUCGAUGGAGGCCCACGGGAUUGGAUUGGUAUGUUCUCAUAUGGCCACUAUGUUUCGAGGGAGUGAACUGACAUACAUCCUAGGCGGAGAAAUUGUUCGAUAUUGCCACUGGUGCAAUUGA